AUGUUAUGUAUGGAUACUGACCGUCAAGUAUCACCAGUGGGAGGAUUUCGAUUUCAUGAUGCGAACGACAAUGAUUUUCCAUCAAAUACUACUCAAACCGUUCUUUUAUCAAUGUUACCAAAAUAUAAAGGUGAUUAUUUAUAUAACAACAGGGGUGAAAGUGAAUGGGAAAUUCAACAAGAUAAACCGAUAGAGUUUAUUAUCUAUGGUUAUUAUUUGGAUGGAUCGGUACUUUCAUUUACUACUCAUGGCGAAUCGUGUGAAUAUGAUCGAAAAGAUAAACGAUAUCUAUUAACAAUCGUAUCUGAUCACUCAUUACAGAAUCAACAGAAAACAAUUGAACAAGCACAUAUAGUAUUAAAUUUACCCUACUAUGGUUCAACACUUUAUAUGUGUUUAAGAGGAUUAAACUCAAAAGAUAUUUAUCAUCAAGGUAGGUGCAAAAUGAAUGAUUUAUAA